AUGUCGUAUUACCCUCCUCCUCCGGGCAAUGGGAAUGGAGCCCAGCAGCAGCAGCAGCAACACUAUGCUCCUCCUACUUCGUCGCCUCCUCCUAAUCAGACAACCCACCAAUUCUACCCGCCCCCGCCACAGACAUCGUCCCCGUCGCAAGGCGGAAACUAUCCUCCUCCCCAGGCCACUCCUCCUCAACAACAGCAGUACGCGCCGCCUCCAAAUUUCUCCCAUCGUACAUCCUACCAGCAACCAGCCCAAGCACCUGCUGCUGCCGCUCCUCAAGCGCAAACAGCGCUUCCUUCAUAUGAGGGGCCACCACAAGGGUUCGCACCGCCGCCCGAGAAAGUAGAGCAUCAGCAGGAGAAAGCCACAUUGGAUACUAGCCAGCCAUUGAAUCUUGACCACGGCGCUCCAUCAUCAGCCCAUUUUGUUGGAGCUAGCACAACACAAGACGAUGUAGGAACAUUCAACGGAGGAAGCUACCGCAUUAGCCACAGAGACACAAAUACCAUCGUGACAAUACAACUAGCUAUGGGCUGUCCUCUGACUGUAAAGCCUGGUGCAAUGAUUGCAAUGACCCCAACCAUCACAUUGAAAGGGGCUAUCAAGUUCUCCAUGAAGAAAUUAAUCGCAGGUGGUGAGAUGGGCCGCUCGACGUAUACGGGUCCGGGAGAACUACUCCUCGCACCAUCUACAUUGGGUGAUAUUACAAAUAUUCGACUCGAUGGUAGCGAGCAAUGGUCAGUUGGGCGCGAUGCUUUCCUUGCUUGCACUCAGGGCGUGAUUCAAGAUUACAAGAGACAAGGUAUUGGAAAAGCUAUGUUUUCUGGCGAGGGACUAUUCGUAUAUAAAAUGAGUGGGACAGGAUUGUUGUGGAUCAGUAGUUUCGGUGCUAUCAUUAGGAAAGACUUGGCAGAUGGUGAACGAUAUGUCGUGGAUAACGGCCAUCUGGUUGCUUGGAACACGAAGUAUAUUCUCGAGCGGGUAGCCUCCGGAGGCAUUAUCUCCGGGCUCUCGUCAGGGGAAGGUCUUGUGUGUAAGUUUACUGGACCCGGGUCAAUUUUCCUGCAGACGAGGAAUCCUGCUGCCUUUGCUCAAUGGAUGGGUGCGCACGCUGCAGUGUAG